UCAAGUUUAUUGUGGCCAAAUUGAACGAUUUUAUUCGGAUUUUGAACGAAUCAAAAUGGAUGCUGGGUGUGAAUGAACUAUGUACUGAAAAACGAACAGCUUUUUAUCAAGUUGUGUCGUGAGCCCGAUCUUAAUCGGGAUUCCGACGUUGGGAAUUUGUUUAUUAGUAAUUUAGGAAGUGAUAAAAUUGUUUAUGUGCCAUCGGAAACUAGGUUCAUGAAAUAAUUGUAAAAUUUAGAAGUCACCGUGUCGGUAAUGUGUUUACGAGAGUGUCGGGCGAGCUUCCCGCAGGUGGCCCUAAUAGGAUGAGGACUCGAACGGAAAUAUUGAAAGUUGAUGCGAAUCAACGAGUGAUGUGUGUUGAGUUGCAAUUACUGUUUGGUGCGACAUGGCGAGAAUUUUAGGACUUAACUAUAGCUCGUGUUUUGAUUAGGCGAGCAGAAAUGAAAUGCAUAUACAGGAAGGAACAAACACAACUCUGACAACAUGUACCAAAAUGACAGAAGAAGUAGACAGAAGACAUGGUGUGAAUGGUAACAGCAGUAGUAAAGGUGUCAAUGACGAUCCUCCUGUGCAAAAUUCAGCUCCCGCAGCGUCGGGUGGCAGGCUCAAGUUUUUCAAAGAUGGAAAGUUUAUAUUGGAGUUGGUGCGUGGCAGCGAGCGCGCGGGCUGGGUGUCGGUGCCGCGCAAGACGUUCUGGCCGCCGGCCGCCGCGCCGCCCACGCCCCCGCACGCGCCCGCGCCCUGCGCCUCGCUCUCGCUGUCCGACGACAACUCCUCGCUGCACUCCUCGCCCUGCACCUCGCACCGCGACCACUGCUGGAAGCAGCCCAGCCCGCGACGCAACCUAUCCAAAGAGCUAGCCAUGUACUACUGCAGGCCGUCCACCCUGCACUCCGCACAAAUCCGCGCCGUGAGUCGCGUCAAGCGCCGGCGGCCGACGGACGCCAGCCACCUCGACGCAGUCCCUAACGGCACGGUGCGCAAGCCCCUCGCCAACGGCCUCUGCGACGCCAAACGGAACGGCGACGUUGCCUCCCCGGACGACAAGUCAUGCAGGGGGGAAGACGUCGUCGAUGGCCCGAUCGACACGAAAACGAAACCCGACAACGACCGGUGGACGGAUUCAGAUCGAGAGAAAUAUUAUCAUAUGAAACUCAAGAAACCAUAUCAGUAUCAUAAGUUAAGAGUUUACAAAAAAACUAAACCUACCACGAAACGAAAGGAAUUGACUAGAAUUAUCGACAAACUGAGAGAGAAGAUGGCGUCGCUCCCCGUCCUAGUGAACGCGAAGCUCGCGAACUGUCGACAGGAGCACAUGAUGGUCUCGCCCCGAAAGCGUAUCUUGAGAGAGAUGGAGCGGGUUAGCCUAGAGGACCAGGCGACCAAGAGACGGGCGAAAACGGUGCCCACGUUGAGCACCGCGUCCUACCCGCCCUCGCCGGGGCCGAGCCACACUCCGCACCGGCCGCCCGCGGAGACGAUGACGCGCGCCCAGAACGGGGCCGCGCCCAAAAAGGACUCCACCGUGUCGAAGAACGUCAGCAGCUAUAGCAUACAUUCGUUGCUGAGCAUGCCCGACGAGACCGCCACCCGGAGGUCACCCGAGGCGAAGCGGUCGCCGCACUCGUACCCGCCGUCGCUGAAGACCGAAUCUCCGUCGAGCAUAAACUCGCCCGACCUGAGCCCGUCGCCGGACGGGUACCGGUACCGGUACGGGCUUGCGCUGGGCUCGCCGGGGCGCGGCGCGGCGCGCGACUCGCCCACACCGCCGCAGGGCGCGGGCCCGUACCGCGCGUACGGGGGCGGCGCGUCGCCCUACGGCGGCGCGCGGCCGGCGCCCUACCGCGGCUCGCCGGCGCGCGAGGAGUGGCCGCCGCAGUACGUGUACGGGUACGCGUACCCGGCGCUGUACCGGCCGCCGGCGCCGCUGUGGAUGCACUACGCGAUGGCGCCCGGCGUGCCGCCCGGCGCCUGGCCGCCGCUCGCGCACCCGCUGCUCUCCGACCACCUGCCUAAGGACGAACCCACUUCAGAUUUGCCACUGAACCUGUCGAAGCACUGAAGCAGACGGCGCUGGCGCGAGUCUGUCGGGCGCAGGUGUAGCGCGGGACACAUCCUCGUAGUGACAUUGCCCACGAAUUUCCUCAAAAACAUUCCAUUCAUUGUCUCGCUUUAUAAAUUGGCGUCUGAAUAAGUCCAAAAAUGACAUCCCACCUAUCUCGAUACGUGCGUACGCGUCUUCCACAUUACGGAUCACCUGCUAUCUAUAAAAUUAUCUUUCGCAAAAAAAUAUUUUUGUAUAGAUCGCUAUUUUCCGGUGGAUGUAUAUAAAUGCCUGGAAAUCUAUUUACAAAGUUAUGUAUCAUAUUAUACUGAAAAAAUACUAUUUUAAUAUAGAGUGUUUGUAUGUAGAGUCAUGUGUGUAUUUUCAUACGAAUCGUUUGUACUGGAAGUUGAAUAUUUUAAUAUUGGCUAUUAUUUUAGGGUAAGAGAAGGCGAACUAUAUGAGACGAAACAUUUAUCGAUUGCUAACGAUCAGUGCCUUGAUAAAAAAAAAGAAAUUAAGAUAUUAUGAACCUAUUUAUGUAUGAAAGUAUUACAAAUUAGAUGUUUCUCAAUUUAUAUAAAAUACUGCGAUUGUUGUACUCGUAUCUAAGAAAAUGAAAGUAAUAUAAUACGAAAUAUUUUUUGGUCCUUACACGAUAUAAAUUCCAUAUUGAAUGACUAUGUUCGAUCUCAUUAUUUAAUUUAGAAAAUAAAACGAGAUAAAGACUACAGUUUUUGGGAUCAAAUUUGGAUGUGUGUUUAUGUAACAUAUAAAUUAAAAGACAUUGUACAUAUAAUUUGUGAAUGGUGUAUUAUUAUUGGUGAGAGUGUGGGAGUAUAAUAUAUAAGAGCAUUAACCGCUUACGAUUAUUAUCGGUAAGAAUUUAUUACCUUCAAAUAAUAAUUUUUGUACUUGUACAGUAUUUUUGUAUUGAGUAUUUGAUGGCGAUGAGCGGCAGAGGGAACUGUCGCUCGGUUAGCGCCUCGCCCUCGGCGUCGCGGCUUUCGAGAUUAAAUCCUAGAGUAGUUUUCUGCAAUUUAUUAUGGGGUUAUUGUAUUAUAAGAACAGUUGAACGACGUUAAAGGACUGACUUCUGAUGUAAUAUUAUCAUUAUUAAUGGAAUUGUAUAAAAUAGUCGUGUAAUCGGAGGCCUACUCUAACAAACACAUUGUCCGCCAACAAAGUUGAUUUAGUGUAAAUGUAUCUAGAUGUAAUAGAUCCUGCUCAAUUAAACUCCGAGUACAGCUAGGGAACAACGUUAUUCGUGCUGUACAGAGCAAACUGUGUUUUGUUAUACAUCGUCUAUCUUGAUAUGUUGUUAUAAAUCGACGUAUGAAUUAUAACAACAUCUAUUUUCUCUAUUUUGUUAUGCAGAAUGUCUCUGCUUCUAUGAUAGAGUCUGUUAUAGACUGGUUUAUAGAUAUUUGAAAAGUUAUCUAACAAAUUCAUCAUACAUUGGUUAUUAUUCAUAGUACCAUAAUGUAUAUCGAAAAAUAUUAAUUGCUCCACAUAUUAUUUAAAUAAAACGCAAUAAUAUUUUUUGAUAGGAGACAAAAAUAUUUCCUACUAUUUCAUAUUAUUAUAUAUUUUUUUUAUUCAAAAAACUUGCUAUGAUAGUAUCUUUAGAAUUAACAGGUAUUUUUGUUACAUAUUAUUAAUAAAUUAUUUCCAUAACAGACUCUAUCCAUUUAAUUGAAAUGAUAAUUUUGUUAAAGUACAAUGUUAAUUAUCAAAGUACGUAAUAGUGCCAUUGAAGUGAAAAGUUAAACUUGUUGUUUUCUUUUUCAAGCUAGAAACACAGUUUUCUCUCACACGCAGCACUCGGUUGCCGCUGUUGUGUCAUGGAAUUAUUUUUCUACUCAAAUAUAUAUGUAUUCUACUCGUAAUAUAUUAUGUGAUAGCGCUUUUUGAAAAGUGUAACGUGACGAUGCAGGUGUCUUAAAUCCUCUUAAAACAUAUUUAUCAUGCGGAAUAGUUAUUAUCCAUUAUAUUAAGAUGUAGUUAUGUACUCGAAUAAAUAUAACUUUUUAAA